UGCCACAUCUGCAAACUUCCCGGGAGAGUAAUGGGGAUCCGAGUGCUUCGUUUCUCUUUGGUGGUUAUCCUUGUGCUGCUCCUAGUGGCUGGUGCUUUGACAACUCUACUUCCCAAUAUCAAAGAAGACAAGAUGCUCGCUUUGCGUCGGGAGGUAAAAUCACAGGGCAAGUCUACUGUUGAUUCCUUCACUCUCAUAAUGCAGACGUACAACAGAACGGAUCUCUUGUUGAGACUUCUAAAUCAUUAUCAGGCAAUACCACAUCUGCACAAAGUGAUUGUGGUGUGGAAUAACGUUGGCGAGAAGGGACCAGACGAAUUAUGGAAUUCUCUAGGACCUCACCCUGUCCCUGUGAUCUUCAAAGCACAGAUGACAAACAGAAUGAGAAAUCGACUCCAGGUCUUCCCUGAACUGGAAACCAGCGCGGUGUUAAUGGUGGAUGAUGAUGUGCUCAUUAGUGCCCAGGACCUCAUUUUUGCUUUCUCUGUUUGGCAGCAAUUUCCUGAUCAAAUUGUAGGAUUUGUUCCAAGAAAGCAUGUGUCUACUUCAUCAGGUAUCUACAGUUAUGGGGGCUUUGAGCUGCAAACACCAGGGUUUCAGAAUGGUGACCUGUACUCCAUGGUGCUGAUUGGAGCUUCAUUCUUCAAUAGCAAAUACCUUGAACUCUUUCAGAAGCAGCCUGCAGCUGUCCAUGCUUUGAUAGAUGAAACUCAAAACUGUGAUGAUAUCACCAUGAAUUUUAUCAUCGCCAGGCACACUGGGAAGACAUCUGGGAUAUUUGUGAAACCUGUCAACAUAGUCAGUUUAGAAAAGGAAACCAAUGGCGGCUAUUCAGGAAUGUGGCAUCGAGCAGAGCAUUUCCUACAGCGGUCUUACUGCAUAAAUAAGCUGGCUAAGAUCUAUGAUAGCAUGCCCUUAAAAUACUCCAACAUCAUGGUUUCUCAAUUUGGCUUUCCUUAUGCCAACCACAAAAGUAAGAUGUAA